AUGAGCUCUUGACAACACGUGCGGUAACUCUCAGUACAGUUUCGCGUUCGCGGAAAAUGGUCGUGUUUAUUGUGAUUUUCGCGCUUUUCGCGAUCCCGAUAGAGACUCUCGCGCAGACACAUGCAUCAAUAUACGUCGACGUGGCUCCCGAAGUGGAGAACCUGGAAGUUGAGAAGCGGUAUACACCUGAACUUCUGGAUGAGCUGCAGUCCGCAAAGGCCGAUGCGCUCCUCCUCUACACCGAGUACACGGCUCAGGCUAGCACUGAUAUGAAGACAUUCAUUAGGAAUAUAUCCCGAUUGACAGAAGAUACUGUGAGAGGCAUGAAUAAGACUUUGCUGGACAGCGCUCCUUCCACAUGCAGAACAGAAUUCGAGAAGCAUCUAAAGAAGAUAGAAUAUGACGCGCACCGCGCUGCUACGUUUAGCGCCGAAAAUCAUCACAAAUUUUUCUUGGGGCAUAUGAUCGUCUUUCGGAUGCAUUUGAAUAAGAGUGAAGAAUACAUACGAAAAUGCGAUACGAUUAUAAAAACCUGUGGUACUCCUUGUGAAACAACACCUCGUAUGGUUCGGUGGAGGUGGCUUGCGUUAGCUGAGAUCAACAGGGUAAGAGAUGACAUACAACAUUCACGGCAAUCUUACAAGGAUCUUCUGCUCCAUGUACACCGAAAGCUCAAUCACUUCCGGCGACGCGCCACUUCGCGGUCAAAAGAGGCCAUCGCGAGCUUAGAAGCUUGUACUAGGCACAGAUUAUGAAUUUAGACGUCCAGUUAAUACAUAUUUUGACAUGCUAAAUUAUAUUUUAUGUAGUACAAUUAUUUUCAUGUUAUGAAUUAAUGUUUGUAACAAAUUAACAAUGCAAAUGGUAACCUAAAUUAGGAUAUAUCUAAUUAGUAAGAAAAUUUACGAACAUAAAAGCCGAAAACUAAUCACAGAUUUGUGUCACAGAAAGUGAAUCCUUGCUUAAGAUCUUACUAUGAGAAAAUAAUGGUCGCCUACGAAAUCAAAACCUAUAAAUCGAUUGUUAUCUUUAUACCGUUAGUUGCCUGCCAUUCAGUCUUUUAUAGAUUGCACUCCAGAUAUUGCACCCCUUCGUAGUCGACAUCCCCAGGUGUUGCACUGCACGAUUUAAUUCGUAAUUUCUUAAAAAAACAACAAAGGAGUGGAACUCCUUGACCCUUUCAUCUUUCUUGGACAGUAUAAUAUGGGUUCAUUUAAAAGGCGAUUAAACAGGCAUCUCCUGGACAGGCGUGCCCUCCAAUUCUGGCAAAUCUGUCCAGUUCUGUAUAAAAAUAUAUUUAUAUAAUUGUUGUGAAAAGUUCCUAAUUGGUAUUAAAAUUUAGAAUGUAAAUGAAAUGAAUUUGAACGACAUUGAUAAUCGAACGAGUAAUGUUAUUCUAGUAUUAAGUUUUUAAUUGUGUAUAAAAAUGUUUAAUAAAUAGAAAAGGUCACGAGAUUUUAGAAUUUUUCAGUAUGAGGCUUAUAAAGAUUAAGACAGAUUAAAAUCAGUACUCCAUAUUAUUGUUACAUAAAUUCAAAUGUUGUAUUUAAGGGUACACAUAUACAGGUAGGUAAUAAUUAUCUGUUGAAAAUUAUAUAAUAUGUGCCAUACUCGUUAAUAUGUAGAUUUUAGUUCUUGGUUCUAAUUCUUAUGUCUAUAAAUUAUGAAAUUUAUGUAUGUUAGGUUUCUGUUUUCUUGAUUUGUUAUGCGCAACUUUCGUCCUAACAUUGCAACAAUUUAUUACUUGUUAAAGUAUCGCUAAUAUAGAGCUUUCUAGCCUAGCUUAUCUUAAAGUUGUAUUACUAUCGAGCGAGACACAGCUCUGAGAUUUUGUUCUCUAUUAGAUGAACGUGUUGAUAUCGAUUUUUGAACGUAGUAGUAAAACGUAUGAAAUUUUGAAUUGGUUUGUUAAAGGUAUCAUACUUUGAUCCUAGUUCAUUGAUUGUAAUGUCAUAACGUUUCUCAGUAAUAUAGUCAAAGUCAAAUCAUUUAUUUCAAUUAGACCACCUAAAAUGGUACCUUUGAACGUCAAAUAAAAUAUAAACAUUAUCUGUCAGCUCUUCUAUAUUAGAUACAAAUGCAUGUAUUUACUUUGAACUUCUCAAAAUGUACGCCUAAAGCACAGAUGUAGGGUAAUUUUCUAUGUUUUAAGAUUGAGUAUGAAUAUAAUUUUGAGAGAAUACCAAAUCUGACGUUUUAAAGUUAACCCUGCUACAUCUGUGCUGCCAUCUAGGGCGUUGAAACACGUCCAACAGGACGAAAUAGUUAUGUAAAAUUGUACUUAGUCUCACUGUGAUAGUCGUAAUUUAAUAAAUUAAAGUAAUCUAUUGUAAUAACAAAGUGUUAUGUCGAAAGUACAAGUAUUUUAGAUGAUAACAAUUUUUUGUUGUUAAUAUUAUUAAUUAGUAGAUUAUUUUUAUAAUAAAGUCUUAACUAAUGA